AUGCGUACGCACGCUUCUCUCCUCGGCCUGCUGAGCCUCUAUACAGCCCACGUUGCAGCUCACCCAACUGAACGAACCUCCGCCGCCAACAAGCACGGCUACAUCGAUUGGCGCACUUUCCAUGCCAAUGGUGUGAACUUGGGUGGUUGGCUCGAGCAGGAAUCUACGAUCGACACCUUCUGGUGGGCCAAAGAGUGCGCCGGUGGCACGGAGCUCUGUGCUCUAGGAGAAUGGGGUCUCUGUGAGUAUCUGGGAGCCGAUUGCCCACGAGUCUUCGAGCACCGCUACGAGACCUACAUCACAACAAGCGAUAUCGACAAGCUAGCCGCCGGUGGUGUGACCUUCCUGCGCAUUCCAACUACAUACGCGGCAUGGAUCGACCUGCCAGGCUCCCAAAUGUACCACGGAAAGCAGCAAGAGCACCUCCACCGCAUUGCGAACUACGCGAUCGAGAAACACAACAUGCACGUCGUCGUCGACAUUCAUUCCCUGCCCGGUGGCACGAACGGCCUUGACAUCGGUGAGGCGGUGGGUCACUGGGGCUGGUGGUGGAAUCAGACAGCGCUGGAGUGGUCGAUGAAGGCCGUGGAUGCUGUUAUCGACUUCGUACAGAAGUCUGGUCACCCAGAGGCAUACAGUAUCGAGCCCAUCAAUGAGCCGGCUGAUAAUCACAACUUCUCGGACUUUGGAACUUCCGCUGCAUUGACAGAUCACGGUGCCGUGUGGUUGCUGAAAUACUUCAAUAAGGUUGUGGAGCAUGUCAAGGCCGUCAAUCCGUUGAUCCCUGUUAUGAUCCAGGGUAGUUUCAAGCCUGAGACAUUCUGGUCACCGCAUUUCCACAAGAAUGAGAAUAUCGUGUUCGACUUGCACCACUACUAUUAUCAGUAUGACAACUCGACUUCGGAGAACCUGCCUACUUUCAUCUGCGCUGAUGCGAAGACAAGUGCUGGUGACGGAAAGUUCCCCACGUUUGUGGGUGAAUGGGCUAUGGAAGCUGGUGGUAGCAACGACUUGGCUCUGAGGGAACGGAACCUCAAGGCGGGUAUCUCGGCUUUCGCGCAGUAUACCCGUGGAAGCUCCUACUGGACUUCGAAGUUCUUGAGUAAUGCCACUAUUUCGGGACAGGGCGAUAAGGGUGAUUAUUGGAACUAUGAGGGAUUCAUUGACGCUGGAUUCCUGAAAGGACAAGUGCAGCAGCCAAACUACUGUUCUUAA